GAGACGUCGCGUCGCGUCGUCGCGUCGGCCAGAGCGAGCGCGUCGAGCAAAGUCUAGCUGAGAGCUGAGAGAGCCAGCCGAGAGUGCGCCGAGUGGUUGGCGGUCCCUCGUCGCGUCGCCUCGCGUCGCCUCGCGUACCCGCCGCGAUCCUCUCCAUUCCGGAGUGAGCUGCCGUUGCGGACUAACCAGCAGCCUCCGCGCUCUCUCACGCGCUAGCUGCCGCCGCCACCGCCGCCGCCGCUGCUGCUGCUGCCUUUGAUUAUCCGCCGCCGACCGUCGCGCACCGGCAAUAACGCAUUGCGCGGUGCCACAGACGCGAUACGUCACCCGCCGCCCGCUCGCCACCCACCGCGUGCACGCCGAACGCUAAUGAAUUGAAUUAUUUUCGUGGCGCGGCCUCCGACCGCACGCGACUCCGAGGCACGCGUGCACUCGAUCGAUCGAUAUCGCGCGACAAGUGACUCCGGAGUGUUAUCCGCCGAGGUUCUCUAUCUCCUGUCCUCGAACUUUCGCUCUACCGUCUUCCACGUCCGCCGACCGGCUCCGAAGAACUCCGUUCAGUGUGUUCGAUAAGUGCGUCCGAAACUGCUGUCCACCGUCUGCCACCAUCGACUGGCCGCCGGGAGGAUCGCCGGCAUUUAAACCGGUCCUCGCGGGUUUAAGGAUUUCCAAAGGCUUCCCGCAGCUCUCCUGUCGACGGCGUUCUAGCCAGAAGCACGAUGACUAUGGAUGUAAGCAAGUCUGAGACAAAUAAAAAUGGCACCACGCCACAAGAGUGUGCCGGUUGCGGGAAGACGAUCACGGAAAGGUUUUACCUCAAGGCCCUGGACCUCUACUGGCACGAAGAUUGUCUGAAGUGCGAUUGCUGCGACUGUAGGUUAGGAGAAGUCGGCUCUACCUUGUUCACCAAGGCCAACCAUAUUCUGUGCAAAAGGGACUACUUCAGGUUGUUCGGAAACAGGGGAUACUGCUCGGCCUGCAAACAGCAGAUACCACCUUACGAACUGGUUAUGAAGGCCAGGGCGAACGUCUAUCACCUCGACUGUUUUGCCUGUCAACAGUGCAGUUACCGGUUUUGCGUAGGCGAUCGAUUCUACCUGAACGAGAACAAAAUUCUCUGCGAGUACGAUUACGAGGAGAUGCUGGCGUUCGCCAAUAUGUCAGUACAAACACCCGCUUCGCUGGCGUACAUCAAAAGGCAACUGCCCCCAACGCCGACGCCGCCAGGCCAGAACAUGCAUCCUGGUCACAAUCCACAGCAACCUCAUCAGGGACUUGGCCAGUCGGUGGGUCAACAUAAUCACGCGUCGAACGGACAAAUGUCGGGGAGCACGCCGACAGCGAACGGUGGGACGGCCAUAGGCGUGGGCGGUCCGAGGGCUCCCGGCGACAUGAACAACAACGGGCUGUCCGGUCCCGCUCUGGGCCCGGUGAAACCUCCGCCAAUGUCCGUGCAGGCGUCGACCAGCUGAAACGAGUUGUCGCCUCCCUUGAAGAAGCUCAGGUGUCUCAGCGGUUACUAAAGCUGCCCGGCGGACCGAAGCUAAGGACGUUGACGACGGAGCGGAGACCGGAGAAUAGAGAGCGAGCGCGAGAGAAAAAGGCAGAUGGAGACGGAGAGCACGACAGAGUGAGUGCGAGAAAGCGAAAGAGGAAGAGAGAGAGAGAGAGAGAGAGAGAGAGAGAUAGGGAAAGAGAGAAACUCGCCCAUCGCGAGUGAACUAGAAUGAGAUGAGUAGGGGAGGGUGAGGGGGGUCGCGAGGAUCGCGAUUCCUUGCGAAACCGAAGAGAAAAUGAAAGCCGACUUUCGGCGAUGUUGAACGCCACAGGUCGCAUCGAACGUUUCUACGAGACUUUUGUCGAGAGGCUCGGGAUUAAUCACUGUGAUCGCGAAGAAUGUGAACAAAUUUAACGGAGGAUUUGUUGAUUAAAUUAGGUCCGUACGAUCAUAUUUGGACGUGUACACACGGAGACACUGACAAACGUGUACGCACACGCACCUUACACAAAACACUUAUACUACACCUCCACAUGUACAGACAGAACGCGUCUUGUAAUAUAUGGUACCGACGUGUAACGAUAAGAUAGACGAUUCAUGUAAGAUAUAUUUCUAGCGUGGAGCGGUGCGAGUGAUCAGAGGCGUAUGUGUGCCCAAGUGAGAGAAAGAGAGAGAGAGUGUGUGAGAAAGAGAGUGAGCGAGAGAGAGAGAGAGAGAGCGAGAGAAAGCGUGUUUGCGAACGUAGCAGAGUCCUCUUGUAAAUAUCCGAGAUCGUCGACUCUGCAACCCCGAGAGACUAUCAGUAUACGCAGACCAAUCGGUGAUUUUUAAACGGUAUUCGUGAUUCGUCGCUAUUCGACGCAGUAGCUAAUCGAGCAGACGAGAACACGCCGGAGUGGAGAGGAGGAUCCGGCGGUCGAAUCGCGAAACAGAGGGACGUCGAGAUGACGAGGAAUCGAUUGCCGGACACUUCGAACGACCGCGGCGAACGUGCGAAUCGUUGAGUCGUCGUUAAGUUCCAUUUGUUCUUCGACUAUCGGAUUACCGUUCCGCGAUCGUUAAGAGUGUUUGUUCCAUCGUUCGGUACGGUCGAGGCGCGAUCCACAGCGCGCGCACACAGUGUUCUCGAUUAGGCGAAUACGACGAAUCCCGAGGGGUCUCCGAAUCGCGGUAUACGAGCCGAAAACGAGGCGCAAUUGUUCAAGACGGUUGAUACCAAAGAUUAACGAUAGAAGAAGAGUUUCGAUGCUCGCUCGCAGGCAGACGGGCGACGGGCGACUUUCCGGACCUCGGCGAAUUCGCGGAACGGCCGGCGAUUUCGACGUGUCUGCUCGAAGCGGACUGAAUCGGCUGCUCGCGGAGGGUGCGCGAGAAGUUCGUUGGGUCAGCUUCGCCCAGUGACCUCGAACAGUCGAUUAAUUCCGCUUCCGAAUCGCGGCCUAUCGGGAUCGCGUCGUUUCCCGCUCGAAGCAUCGAGCCGAACGCGCGUGGCCGACUUGUUCGCGUUGAAACGUCUGCCGGACGAGGGGCUUAGUCGCGGCUUUACGCUUUAAUGCCAAAAACAGGCUGGAGAAGAAGAGGCGAACGGAGAUGAGGGCGACACUAUACCAAAUCACGGCUUAGAUGAACGAAGAACGACAAGCGCGCUGAUGCCAGAUCCGACCCGCGUCGAUCGACGAAGCGAGAAUCGCGCACGACGAUCCUGGAAAACUUCCCUGGCCGUGGAGACUAGUUGCGUUCGUCUUUCCUCCGCCUCUGAAAAUGAUCUCACGCCCGUCGUAGCUGCGGGUCACGGAACUUUUCCAUGGAUCGCGGGACGAUCCUUCCAGUUGUAAAUUAUUCUGGAUCGCGAGCAAAAUUUGAAACCAUCGUAUCGAUUAAGUACAAAGACGUUACGGAGAGAUAGGUAGAGGCAGACGAAGAGAAAAAGCGCGACAGGGAGAACGAGGGAGGUAGAGAGAGACAGAGAACGUGCGUGCGUGCCGUGAGUGUGUGUGUGUGUGCGUGCAUGGGCGCGAGAAAGCGAGAGUAAAAGUGAGAAUAAAAGCUGUUGCACCAGCUGUGAGAUAGAGAAAGAGAGAAAAGAAACAACCGUCGCUGUACGACGUUAAGAGAUGCGAGCUCUUUCCUCUUUUUUUAUCAAUCUGUAUAUAAAUAUCAUUUAUUAGCGCACUAAUAACGUAUUUACGGAUCGCCUCGUUAGAGGCCGCCCCAUUACUACCGAGAAAAUAUAACAUUCUUAUAAACACAAAAACA